CAUCAGGCUAUCACCAUAUCCAACCGUAGAUCUUCGACAGACCCCAUUGUUCUCUUGUCUACAAAGCUCUCCAUUUCUCUCACCUUGUCUUUCUAUCGCGCACUUACUCUCUAUCUCUCUUUCUCACCCAAAAAAAAAAAAAAAAAAACAGCAGAACAUAACAGAAAAUAUGUUAAAAUCUCCUGCGGAACUCCCAGAUUGUUGCUAUGCAAACCAACCCAUCUUAAUUUGCCCAAGUACCCCAACUCCAAAGCAUUCAUUGUAUCUCUCUAAUCUUGAUGACCAAAAGUUCCUUAGGUUCUCCAUUAAAUAUCUCUACCUUUUCAAGAAAUCUGUGAGUUCAGACAACUUGAAAUAUUCUCUUUCCAGAGUUCUUGUGGAUUACUACCCAUUAGCUGGGAGGUUGAGAGCCACUGCUGAGGAUGAACAGAAGUUUGAAGUUGAUUGUAAUGGAGAAGGUGCUGUUUUUGCUGAGGCUUUCAUGGACAUCACUGCUGAAGAUUUUCUUCAACUUUCCAACAAACCAAACAGGUUUUGGAGAAAGCUCUUGUAUAGGGUGGAAGCUCUCACUUUCUUGGAUGUUCCUCCUCUUGUAGUUCAGGUGACGAAUCUACGCUGUGGAGGUAUGAUCCUGUGCACCGCGAUCAACCACUGUCUAUGCGACGGAAUUGGCACAUCACAGUUUUUACAAGCAUGGGCCCACAUCACGGCCAUGCCGAAUCUUGGUCUACCAAUCACACCGUUGCACAGCCGCCACGUGUUAAAACCUCGAAAUCCCCCAAAGUCAAGUUUCACUCAUCCGGAAUACACCAGAACUAAUCCCAACGAUAACAAUACUAUUGACAUGGUCAAGUUCCUUCAGUCUCAGCCGCUAGUUCCCACAUCCUUAACCUUCACCACCUCUCAUAUCCUUCACCUCAAGAGGCAAUGUGUACCUUCGCUCAAGUGCACAACCUUUGAAGUACUCGCAUCUCACACGUGGCGUUGCUGGGUUAAAUCACUGGACAUGUCACCCUCACUCAAUGCCAAGCUCCUUUUCUCAGUUAGUGUUCGAAAAAAAAUGAACCCAGAAUUACCAUUAGGGUACUAUGGAAAUGGGUUUGUGCUAGGAUGUGCCCAAACCAAUGUGAAGGACUUGGUCACCUCUAACUUGUACCAUGGUGUGAAGCUAGUGCAACAAGCUAAAUCUACUCUCAAUGAUGAGUACAUAAGGUCCAUGAUUGAUUUACUGGAAGAUAAAUCGAUGAAAACGGACCUAACUACAAGUUUGGUUAUAUCACAAUGGUCGAAGUUAGGAUUAGAGGAUUUGGAUUUUGGAGAAGGGAAGCCACUACAUAUGGGGUCUCUAACAAGUGAUAUUUACUGCUUAUUUUUACCGGUUAUUGGUGACUUUGAUGCAGUGAGAGUGCUUGUGUCUAUGCCAGAGGGCAUUGUGGAGAAAUUUGAGUAUUUCAUGAAAGAGUUUUGGGAUAAAGAAGAUUAUGCAGAUGCCAAUGGCAAUGGGUAUCAUGGAGAAGAUAUAUAAUGGAUUUGAUCUAAAGGAGCCUAUGUGUUUUUUUCUCUUUUUCGCCUCCCAAAUAAUUAUUGGAGCAACUCAUUGACUCAUUGUAAUUGGAGCAUCAAAAAGUAUAAUCUGACUGCCUAGUUUUAGAAUGUUAAUGCUAUUGCUUCCAUAUUUGCAA